UAGCCGGCGCGGGUGCCCGCCGCGGGUCUGCGCGGGGCGGGGGCGCAGCAAGUGCAUCCGAUCGAGCGGAGACCAGCGCACCGGCGUCGGCGGCGAGGGUGGUGCAGAGAAGCCCGGCUGGGCGGAGGGCGGAAGGAUGCGUGCGGGUAACUUUUUGACUGCCUUGGAAGUACCAGUAGUCGCGCUCGCAGGGGCUGCCUCCGGCCGCGGGGCGAGCUGCGAGCAAGUGCGCCCGCUGCCGCCCCUCCCCCACUUCCGCCUCCCGCCUCUUCCUCGUUCCCGGCUCCCAGGGCCCGUCGGUCCCCCGGGAGCCCUGGAGGCGCAGCCCCACCCCGGCCGGCGCGGCUCGCUCCCACGCCCCCGCCGCUGCCUCGCUGGAGCGGACGGACUGAGUCAGCGGGGGCGCCAGCGCUGCAGGAGCUGACAUGGACCCAAAUCCUCGGGCCGCCCUGGAGCGCCAGCAGCUCCGCCUUCGGGAGCGGCAGAAAUUCUUCGAGGACAUUUUACAGCCAGAGACAGAGUUUGUCUUUCCUCUGUCCCACCUGCAUCUCGAGUCACAGAGACCCCCCAUAGGUAGUAUCUCAUCCAUGGAAGUGAAUGUGGACACACUGGAGCAAGUAGAACUUAUUGACCUUGGGGAUCCGGAUGGAGCAGAUGUGUUCUUGCCUUGCGAAGAUCCUCCACCAACCCCCCAGUCGUCUGGGGUGGACAACCAUUUGGAGGAGCUGAGCCUGCCGGUGCCUACAUCAGACAGGACCACAUCUAGGACCUCCUCCUCCUCCUCUGACUCCUCCACCAACCUGCAUAGCCCAAAUCCAAGUGAUGAUGGAGCAGACACGCCCUUGGCACAGUCGGAUGAAGAGGAGGAAAAGGGUGAUGGAGGGGCAGAGCCUGGAGCCUGCAGCUAGCAGUGGGCCCCUUGCCUACAGACUGACCAUGCUGGCUAUUCUCCACAUGAGACCGUAGGCUCAGCCGGAGCCUUUCGGGAGAAGACCAGACUCUUUACUUGCAGUAGGCACCAGAGGUGGGAAGGAUGGUGGGAUUGUGUACCUUUCUAAGAAUUAACCCUCUCCUGCUUUACUGCUAAUAUUUUCCUGCUGCAACCCUCCCACCAGUUUUUGGCUUACUCCUGAGAUAAGCUUUGCAAAUGAGGAGAGAGAAGAUGAGGUUGGACAAGAUGCCACUGCUUUUCUUAGCACUCUUCCCUCCCCCAAACCAUCCUGUAGUCUUCUAAUAGAGUAUCUCAAACAAGUGUCUCUAGAUGGAUGUGAACUCCUUAAUUCAUCAAAUGAGGUGGUACUCAAGCCAUGCUGCCUCCUUACAUCCUUUUUGGAACAGAGCACGGUAUAAAUAAUAAACUAAUAAUAAUAUGCCAA